UGCAUAACACGGUCUCGUGCUCGUGAAGACAGAAUGGCAGCUACAGAUGCACAGAAAGUGAUUGUUUACGGGGGAAAAGGAGCUCUGGGCUCGGCAUGUGUGCAGUAUUUCAAAGCUAAACACUGGUGGGUUGCCUCUAUUGAUCUCAGUGCCAAUGAAGAAGCCAAUGCCAAUGUUACAGUUAAAAUGACUGAGUCCUUCACUGAGCAAGCCAACCAGGUAACGGCAGAUGUUGGUGAUCUGUUAGGUGAAGAGAAGGUUGACGCUAUCUUCUGCGUGGCUGGAGGUUGGGCAGGGGGCAGCGCUAAGGCCAAAACUCUGUUUAAGAAUGCUGAUCUGAUGUGGAAGCAGAGUGUAUGGACCUCCACUAUUUGUAGUCACCUAGCAACCAAACACCUGAGAGAGGGGGGGCUGCUCACACUGGCAGGGGCCAAAGCAGCAUUGGGGCCAACAGCAGGAUGCAUUGGUUAUGGAAUGGCAAAGGCAUCUGUACAUCAGCUGUGUCAGAGUCUCAGUGCGCCAAACAGUGGUCUUCCUCUGGGAUCUGCUGCUGUAGCAAUCCUUCCAGUAACUUUGGAUACACCCAUGAAUAGAAAGUUCAUGCCAGAUGCUGAUGUCAGUUGCUGGACACCACUAGAGUACAUAACAGAGCUGUUCUAUAAGUGGACGACUGGAGAAAGCAGACCGCCUUCAGGUACUCUCAUGCAGCUUGUUACUGCAGAUGGAAAAACAGAAGCUACACCAAUGCUGUGACUAGUAUAAUAUAAUAAAUGGAAAAAAAAAACUUCAAACUAAGUCUAUCGCUCAAUACUGUUUCAGCACUGUUGAUACUUCAUCUUAUUGUCUUUUUCGUUUACAUGUAAAAAUUAGAGUACUGUUACAUUCUGGCUAUUAAAUAUUGCGUACUUUAAAAAAAA